AUGGUAGAUAAACGAAAACGAAAAACUACACCAACACAAUUAUCUCAUCAGUCUGUCAGUGUUACACCAGAAUCUAUUUAUUAUUCACCUAAUAAAAUAUUACCUAUAAUGCAAACUACAUAUUUUUAUCAAGACAACGAUAUCAACAAUCAGUCGAAUGGAAUACGUUUAGCAAUACACUCAAAUUUCAAUAGAAGUUUAGAAACACUUUUAGAAGAAUUCACUGACCCAAUUUCGAAUAUAUCUUGUGAUUCACCAAUGUUGUUGUAUACACCUCAAAUUACAAACAAGUUUAAAUCAAUGAAUGAUUUACAACAGAAUACUGAUGAUUACAUCUGUCCAGACUAUACAUUGAAAUCAAGAAAUAUGUUAUUAAAUCAUAGAACAAGUAAUAAGAUCGAUAGAAAUAUUGACUACAAACCAUUUGUUGCAUCAACUUCCUCAUCCUAUAAUAAUAAAUUAAAAAUUUAUACUUAUCCAUCAAAUAGUUCAAAUCUGAUCUUGAAUAAUAAUAAUUUAAAAAGUAAAUUGAAUAAACCAACAAACCGUAUUCUUUUACCACCAAUUGAUACAAUUAUUUUGGAUUCAGAUAAAAAUUCUGUUUGGAGAGAAUUAAAACAAGUCAAACGUAUUUAUGUUCGUUUGAAUGGACAAUCGUAUGGAUCCAAACCAGUAUUGAUCAGGCGGAAGUAUAUUAGAACAUUUGAACACGUACUUCAAGAAUUAAGUGAACUAUUUCGAAUUCCCAUUCACAAAGUAUACACAUUAGAUGGAGAAUUAAUUGAAACAUUGAAUGAUUUACUUGAUGGUCCAAAUGAAUUUGUAGCCGCUGGAUUUGAACGUUUUCGGCCAUUGAAUGAAACAAAUUUAACAACUAGAUGCUUUAGUCGUAGUUCAAGUCGAACAAGAAAUCCAGCGAGAUCACCGACCAGUUCAGUUUUAUCACCUUUGAAACAACCUUAUGAACAAUUUAAUAAAGGUCUUGGCUUCACUAAUGGAUUUACCGUCUGCCAGGUAUUUAUCAAAUCCGGUCAGAAUGAUCCACAAACAGAUGAAAUAUAUUCAACUGUUUGUACAGCAAAUCCAACAAUUACACUUUGUAAUAGAUAUCAAUCAACUCAACCUAUACUACUUAGAUCAGCAUAUGUAUGUACAUUAAGUUCAGAUGAUGGAAAUCUACAAGUUGAACAAGACAAUGAACUAAACGAAUCGAACGCAACAAGUACUACACAUCUGGGACCAUUUUAUCCAGGAAAUAUUGAUUACUUUGAAAUACCGUUAAAUGAUUUUAUGGAAAUCAGUAAAAUACGUAUAAGCCACGAUGGAUUUGGUACUUAUCCUGAAUGGUUACCAGAAGAAAUAUAUUUGAGACUGACACAAAAUCUGCCUAAUAUAACCAAAAAUUCUCUCAAAUUCAAUAUACGAAAUUCUUCCUGUUUAUCCAGACUGUUAAAUACAGAAGAAGAGAGUAAUCUAUCAUCAGCAUCUAUACCAUCAUAUGAACUUUCAUUUCCAUGUAUGAAGUGGUUAUCGCGCUUUAAAGGUGAUGGUAGUUUGGUACGUGAAAUUGCUGCACCUGGAACUCAAUUACGCGAUCGAUUGCCAAGAUUUGGAAGAAUAUUAAAAGUAUAUCCAUUGGAUAUCACAACAGUAUUUCAACAAGAGGAAAGAGCUCCUGUAAUUCAAUAUCAAAUAAUAACAAAAACUGGUAACCUUUGGAAUUCAGGCAUGAACAAUACUAUCAAAGUAAAUAUCCUAAUACAAGGAGAUCGUGGUGACACAGGUACGAGGAUUUUAUGGAAUGAAGAAAUGUCUACAACUAAUGCAUUUUCAAGAGGGAAAACUAGUUUAUUCAAUGUGGAAGCUGUAUUUCUUGGUCGAUUAAAAUCUCUUACUAUAUGGUUAGAAUUAGAUAAUCAUGAAAAUGACGAGAAUCUUUCAUCUAACAAUGACUGGUAUUUAGAAUAUGUGAUUAUUCAACAAUUAUCAGUCAAUUCAUCUACGAAUUUAUCAUCAACUCAAUCGUUUUCAAAUAUCAAUAAAUUUUUUCUGACACAUACAGACAAUUCUAAGAAUAUUUGUAAUGAAAUAAGUGGAAUUUAUAUUUUUCCUUGUUUUCAAUGGUUAACAACAAAAUUUGGAAUGAAUUCUUUACCGAUUAAAUUAAUUCCAGCUAGUGGAAAUGGAGUACUUACCAUUGAUUUGAUUGAAACAAUUUUGGCGAACCAAAAAGAACAACUACUUUGGCAAGUUGAAAAAUGGAAGUUUAAACCAGACACAAAAAUCAUUUUCUACAGUUAUCUGACUGGUGCGCCUAUGCGUGUAACUGAUUCCAAUCGAAUCGACUGUCAACUGAUUGAGUCAGUUAAUGGAGUAUCAAAUAAAAAUGUUGGAGAAGUUUUUAAUGUGUCAUAUGGACUAGAUGGUUCACGACGUUCAAAAUUAUCAAGGCCUUCUUUGCGUCAACAAUUUGGUUCAGACGAUCGAUUAAAUAGUUAUAAACGAUCUAUAUCAAAUCAAAAUAUAGAAUAUUCUAAUGCUUUAACCAAUAAUUUAAAAUCAACAGCAAACAUAAAUAAAUGUAAUAAAAGUACAAAAUGUAUUCGUUCAUUCACAAGUGUAGAAAAUCCAUGGCUGUCAAUGUGUUUAGAUGAUAUAGAUGGUCUACAUUUAAAAAUUAAUUCUAAUUUAGAUUUACAGUGUUACGAUUUCAAAAUACGCCCUCAGUCAGAACGUCUUAUUGCACUUGAAAUAAACAAAAAGAAUUCAUUACAAUCUAGAAAAAUCCAUGUUUACGUUGGACCAAACGGUCAUGUUGUCAGUGGUGCAACAGGUCCAGUAACAAUUCCUGGAAAAUUAUUUCUACCAUAUGUUAAAGGUUGUCUACGAGAUCAGACAAUAUUAUGGUUAUGUACAGAAAUUCAACAAACAUUAAUACCUAUAUUAAUUCAUGAGACAAAUCAAAACAAUUCAAAAAAUAAAAUCAAUGGUUGUAAAUUUGAUUUACGUGCUACAGGUGAACGAAUUACCGAAGCAUAUUGGAGAGUUCACAAAGUAGACAAAAAUGUUAGACGCUUUGAAUCAGUUGCAUGGCCAGGAAAUUUUUUACGAGUUACAUCAGAUACUGUAGAUGUUAUGGGUGGUGGAGGAAUGGAUUGUUACUUUCAAAUUAAUCGUGUUCGCUCUAAAGGUUUCCUUCAGUUAUCACCUCUUAUGAAUAUUAAAAAAAUUAUUGGAAUGAAUGAAGAUGGAACAAUUACUUUAUAUGACAAACAUACAAUGGAGGAAAAUUCACGUUUUUAUCCAGAAGUUAUCCAAUACGGUUUUCCUAGUCCACAAAUUCGAUUGGAUAGCUCAUGUUUAACAAAUAGAACAAUGGAUAUUAAACCUCAAUCAAUCAUUGCCAAUUCAUUAUUAGAUAAUAAAGUAAAACGGGAAGAGAACGAGGAAGAUCGACCGAAAGAAUCCAAGACUGCAUCAUCAUCAAGACAAAACACACAUCAACAACAACAACAGAUAUUAGAAUUAACACAAUGUCACAAUCAAACAGAUAUCGAUUCAAACAAAAGUAUAUAUGGUGAUAAUACAGAUUCUAAUGAAAAUAAUUUGAAUAAAGCAAAAACUUUACAAAGCCCAAAUGAAUGUCAGAAUGUGAAAGAUUCCAGUUGGAAAUUAUCUAUUUAUACAGAAAAAUCAGCACAGAACUGUGAAAUCAUCUUGGUUGUCUACGGAAUAGAUGGCAACUCAGGUCCAAUAUUAAUUGGAAGAUCAAACGAUGUCAAGGGGUUAUUUCAAACGAACAGGAUUGAUAAUUUCAUGGCAAGUAAAAUUAUACUGGAAAAUAACGGUACAAUUUACAAAAUACGUUUAGAAGUAAAUCAAAUAGAUCCAGAUAAUGACAGUGAAUGGGAAGUUGAUAAAGUGAUAUUAGAAAAUGUCGAGACAUCCAAACAGUUAAGAUUUGAUUUUGCUGGUCGACCAUUUGGAAAAUAUAACAAUUUUUACUGUCUAUCUCGAGAACAAGUCACAUCAACAAAAUUAUCAAAUCCACAACUAGAUGAAGAAAUAAAAUUAUGUCUUUUAAAUUAUCGUGUACAACUGGAGUUCAGUUGUGAUGUAUUCAAUGGAAAUGACCAAUUAAAUAUUUCAUUAGAACCAUAUAUUUGUUUAAUUGGACAAUAUGGAGAUUGUGGUCGUAGACUGAUAGGUCAAAUCACUGGUGAACAUUUAAUGAUUGAUAAAACAAGAAAUGUUUUGGUACUUGAUGCGUUGAUUGAGUCAGCUUAUCUUGGAGAGGUGACUAGCUGUUUUCUAGGUCCAGUUGAUGUUGAAGAUCGAUCGAAAGAGGAGCGUACUGGUUUAUUAUGUACCAAAAUUUUGAUAUGGGAUACAAAAAAGGGGGUGAUUUAUGCGAUACUGUCAGAUACUUGGCUACUUUUUAAAAGAAAUGAACAAGCAAAUGAAAUUCACCUGGAAGUUAGUCAAAUAUAUCCAAUUGAAACAAAUGAGAACAAUCCCAAUGUAGCAUUCAAAUCCGAUGAAAUAAAUCCAGUGGUCGAGCAACCUAAAGGCAAGUUAUAA